CAGAUGGUUGAAGUUACAACUUCUACCACAUAAAAAAAACUUAGUCAAAGAUUUAUUUAAAAAAGUAAUGCAUUUUGUGAGACAUUCUGGCAUAUCUGUACGUGGAAAUUUGAAUUCUGAUGAUGAUUUGGCUAUAAAGCAAGAUAGUAAUGAUAUUAUAUCGGCUAGUGACUCUCAAAAACGUGCAAACUUUAUUAAACGUAAUAUUGCUAUACAAACUAUUUUAUUCGGUGUGGUAAUAUUUGGCUCUUCUUUGGUGAUGAGUGAUGGCCUUCUAACACCUGCCAUAUCUGUAAUUUCCGCCGUUGAGGGUAUAGCCGUUCCUAUGCCAAGUUUAGCACCCGCUAUUAUUCCUCUCAGCUGCUUUAUUAUCGUUGUAUUAUUUCUAUCACAACGAUUUGGCACAGACAAAGUUGGAAGUUUAUAUGCUCCUAGUAUUUCCUUGUGGUUUAUUGCCAUCACUUCCAUUGGCAUUUGGAACAUUUCUCAAUAUCCUGAAAUUUUUAAAGCUUACAAUCCUUAUUAUGCUUUUGAUUAUUUUAUUAGAAAAAAAGAUGCUGGGUUUACUGAUCUUGGUGGAAUUUUUUUGGCUAUCACUGGCGUGGAAGCAUUGUUUGCAGACUUAGGACAUUUUAAUAAAAAGGCCAUUCAAAUUUCUUUUCCAUUUUGUGUAUUUAUUCCUUUGGUUUUAGUAUAUACAGGACAAGCUGCGCGUUUGGUUUUAGAUCCCACCAUAGUUUCUAAUACUUUUUGGUUAACUACACCAUCUCAUCCUGAAUUUGACAAGGAAUCUCUUGAAGUUGAUUAUAAGAAACAUUUAAAAAUCGAAGGUGAACAAGUUUGCCAAUCUGUGCGGGUAUCCAUGAAAGCUUGUUAUGAGAAAAGUUUAAAUGUGUCAGGUGCUCAAAAGGAGUCGUACACAAUGGCAAGGAGAAUAAAACAUUAUGAAGACUUGACAAGUUGUUGUGUGUCAUC